CUCCUCCCGGCGGCCGCACCCGUCACCCGCCGGCCAGCGCAGCGCAUCUUGCAUCUCUGCCCGCCGCCACUCGCCGCACGCAGAUGCCCUCGCCCGCCUGAGCAGCGGCCGCGCUGUAGCUGCGCUCUCACCACCACCACCCACCAUCAUACCCUCGCUUGCCGGCAUGCCGCCCUACCUCGCCUACCUCGCCCCGCUGCUCCCGCUCGCCGUGCUGCUGCGCGCCCGCAUCGCCGCCUGUGUCCCGGCGCCGCCGUCAGGCGCCGUGCAGCAGCUGCAGCGCCUCACGCACGGCCUCGCGCUCCUCGCCGGCGCACACGUGCUCCUCGCCCUGCACCUCUACCGCGCCGUCGCCGGCCUCGGUGCCGAGACGCCCGACGUGCCGCCGCGGCGCCCGCCGCACCGCUACGCCCACCGCACGCGCAGCUUCGCAAAGAUGCACGCGCCGCCGCCGCGUCUGAGGGACACUGCACAGAGCUGGCUCGCAGCCCGUACGCCGCAGCCGCUUAGGGCGCUGCUUGCCGCACGGCACGCGCCGCCGCCGCCGCUCAGUGCGUGCUUCCGCACGCUGCCGCCCGAGCUCAGCAUGCACAUCCUGCGCCUCGGCCUCGGCGACGGCACGCUGCGCCCCAGCGACGUGGCGCCGCUCUCGCACGCCCACGCCGCCCUCGUGCGCCGCCUGCUGCUGGCGCAUGUGGCGCUGCGCUCCGAGGCCGCCAUGCACCUGGCACGCAUCGCGCUGCUCGCGUCGCCGAAGCUGUGCACGCUGCCGCAGGUGCUCUUCCUCGGCGCCACGCACGCGGGUGCCGCCGAGCAGCUGCUGCUGUUGCUCCCGGCACUGCAGACGCUGGCGCUCUCGCGGCGCGCACAGCGGGCGCUGCUCAACUCGCCAUGUGCACGCCUACGCACAGGUGCACGCCCCGCGCACGUGCUGCUUGACGCCGUGCCAAGCGCGGCGCUGCCGCUCUUUGCGCACACGACGCGCCUGACGCUCUUCGUCUCUGAGCUGACAUCGGCACAUACGGCGGCACUGCUGGCGCUGCCCAAGCUGGCACUGCUCGAGCUGCGCCUCGUGCCCGCGGGUGGCACAGAGGAGCAGCCGUUCCGCACGCAGGUCGCGCUCCUUGUCACUGCGCUGCGCACACUGCUCGCUCAGCGUCCAAGCCUCGCACUGGACGUUGCGGCGCCGCCACGCAUCGCUGCGGCGCUGCGCCGUCGCCUCGGCAUCGCGCACCACGCGGUGCUCUACGCCGAGGACGAGGACGCCGCCAAGACGUGUGUGCGCUCACUCACUCCUGCCGACGCCGGCGGCCUCGAGACGUGGAACGAGCGGGCGCUGCAGCGCGUCUGGGCCUGCUGAGCGCCGGACGCUCUCUCUCACACCAUCACUCCGUCACUGCCGCCACUCGCCGCAGGCAACCCGACUUCUAUCUUAGCACAUCGCCUCUGACCACGACCUACUCGCCGCUCAACCUCGCAUUCACAACACAACAUUGUAUUUUUACCUACUUGCGCCCGCUCUGGAAUUCAUGUGAUCUC